AUGCCCUACGAAUGCCAUUACACCGGCAAGAAGACAACCUUUGGUAAAAAGCGUGCCUACGGCGGUGCGAAGAUCUCCAAGGGCGGUUUCGGUCUCAAGACCACCGGCAUCACUCGCCGAACCUUCAAGCCUAACCUGCACAAGAUGAAUGUGGAGAUCACCGACGACAAGGGCAACAAGCACGCCAAGCGUGUGUAUGUCUCCGCUCGUGCGAUCAAAGCGGGUCUCUGGGUUCUUUUGUUUUGGGACCUUUUCGAGUAUGAUCGGAGUCCGAAGACGGACCGCAUUUUGAUCGCUGAUCGAGUUCUCGCUCACCACCGCACGCGAUCGCUACAACUGGGAGGGCACCGGAUGCUCUGUGAAUGUCAACAAAGGCAGGCGACGAUCCAUGAGGUAUUGAUCCAGCAUGGGAAGAAAGUCGAACGCCACUUGUGUGAGCAGUGCGCCGCGAAACUUGGUGUUUCAACCGAUCCCCACAUGCCGAUUUCUCAACUCAUCUCCAACUACAUUUCAGGCAAGAACUUGUCGAUCCCGACCGUCGGCGAGAAAGACCAGCCUCGUCCUUCCAGAUCCAAGCCCGGCUCGAUCCCGCCUUGCCCCUCAUGCUCGAUGACCUACAGCAAGUUCAAAGACACAGGACUCCUGGGAUGUCCGAACUGCUACUCGACAUUCCAGAAACGGCUCUCGCCGUUGAUCGCUCGAGCUCACGAAGGGGGUGAGCAGCACAUCGGGAAAGUCCCACGAAGGGCGCUCGAAUCACUCUCCCAAAAUGAAGGCGGCUCGCGACUGGAGUCCCUGCUCGGAGGCGAGUCCGAACGCGAGCAGCGACUCACUGAAGUUCGCAAGCGAUUGAAUCAUGCCGUGGAGCACGAGGACUAUGAGCAAGCCGCGAUGCUGCGUGACGAGAUGACGCGCCUCGCGUCGCUCCCAUCGGCUCAGGCGAUCCGAUCCAUGCAGGCCAACGAUUCAUCAGGUCCCACUCAAGAGUUCCCCGAUCCGAAAAAAUCGGGAACCAAUCCCAGGAUCUCGAUCGAGGGACAAGGCAUGAUCGAGGGCGGACCGAUCCAAACGGGAACCACUGAAUGGCUUCGAGGCAACGGCAUGAUGAGCGAUGUCGUGAUGUCCUCGCGAGCUCGCGCGGCUCGCAAUCUUGCUGGAUUCCCCUUCCCCCCUGCUGCGAGUUCUGCGGAUCGUUCGCAGAUCAUGGAGAUCUGCCGUCGAUGUAUCGAAUCGCUCGGAUGUCCGUCUGGAUCACGCAUUCGUUGGUUUGAUCUACGCAACUCCGAACCGAUCGAACGCCGACUGCUUGUCGAACGCCAGCUUAUGUCCAGACAACACGCGCGAGGACGCUAUUCCAACGGCGAAGGGGGCCCGGACUCUCCCAGAGGGGUCGCGGUGAUCGAACCUGACGAACGAGUCAGCAUCCUCGUCAAUGAGGAAGACCAUCUGCGUAUCCAGGUCAUCCGCUCAGGACUCGACCUCGCUUCGUGUCUCGAUGAGAUCAACAACUUCGACGACGGCAUCGAAGAGAUCGUCGACUACGCAUUCCAUCCCCAGUUCGGGUACCUCACCGCGUGUCCCACAAAUGUUGGGACAGGUCUUCGGCUUUCGGUGAUGGUGCAUCUGCCGGCACUCAAAAUCACAGGGGAACUUGAGAAAGUACGCAACGCGUCGAGCGACAUGGGACUCGCCGUGCGAGGUCUGUACGGCGAGGGGUCGCAAGCUGCGGGAGAGUUCUACCAGAUCUCCAAUCAAAUCACGCUCGGACGCAGCGAUGAGAUGCUCCUCCGCGAGAUCGAGAGCGAGGUUGUCCCAAGCAUUGUGCGCUACGAGCAGCACGCGCGUGCGCAACUGAUGACUGAGAAUCGGAUGCUGCUUGAAGACAAAGUCUGCCGAUCGAUGGGGAUACUGCAGAACGCUCGAUUACUCAAACCCGACGAAGCGCUUGAGCACCUGGGGAUGGUGCGUCUGGGCGUGCUCUGUAAAGUGAUCCCCGAUGUCACCCUCGCGACGGUACAUGAUCUGCUACUGAUGAUCCAGCCUGGACAUCUCCAGCGUGUGGUGGGGAUCGAUCUCUCUCAAAGCGAACGACGUAUCGUGGACAGCGUCGAGGUCGAGUUGCUCGGUCGGCGCGGCUUGUCCUUUGCGAAAGCCGCGAAACGAUUCGAGUGGGUUCCUGAACCGCGCGACUCUGUCUGCUGGAGGUGCGCCGGAUCCGUCGGUCCGCACGAGACUGAUGGGGAUGGGUGCGCUUCGUGCCGAUCGAUCAAACUCCGAUGGGAUCGCGCCCUUCGGCUUGGACGCUACGAAGGGAUCGUCAAAGACGCGAUCCUGGAUCUGAAGUUCCGCAGAUGGCGCAAGACUGGAAUGGAACUCGGCGCUGCCGCUGGGAAUGAGCUGGCUGAUUCGAUCGAGAUACUCGAAUGGUCUCCCAAUGAACUGUGCAUUGUCCCGAUCCCGAUGACUCAUCGUCGGCGGAUCGCGCGAGGUGUGGACCACACACAAGUGAUUGCUCUUGGGAUGAGCAAACAGAGCAAGAUUCCUGUCCGCAGAUUGCUCGGAGCAAGGCCUCGCGAGGAACAGGUUGGACUCUCGGCAACCGCUCGGCUCAAAAACAUCAAAGGUGGGUUCUUUGUCGAUCAAUCCAGACUCAAACGAGCUAUGAAGACCCCAAUCCGAGCUUUGGUUGUGCUCGACGAUGUCCGUACUACUGGAGCAACCUUGGGCGAGGCAUGCCGGGCUUUGAGAGGGGGACUCAAGACACUUCCGAACACCCAAAACUGCGAAAUUUGGGCCAUGAGCAUCGCUCGAGCUGGCGAGCACGAUCGAGGGUGA